AUGCCAGAGUCUCAUUCGUUAUUGGAAUUAACCAGACAAAUCACUCCACCAACUAAGAACGGCCAUGCACCACCACCCACGGAAUCAAGAAAGAGCUAUCAAUCUGUCAAUCCUGUCCGUGUCCGUGCUGACCCGAACAGGGACUCAUGGCUGAGUGCCUUGCACAUUAUUUCAAAUGUUUUAAUCGCCCAUGAGAAGAUUGGUGAUAUUUUCUACAUUUCACUGGAGAAAUUUGAUCAGACUCAUGUCGGCUCUAAAAUAAAUGAGAGACCUUCAACAACUACCUCUUCGACCCCCUACACAUCAGACACAGAUUUGAUGACAUUCAACAUCUCUCUACACCGGUCAUGGUGGCGGGAACAUGGGCCUGGUUGUGUCCGAAGAGUGCUGCCCCCAUCUGCCCCUGGUAUGACGAAUGACUACACAUAUGUCUCCAUCACAGACUGCUUCAUAGCCUUUCAGUACCUGGAAGUCAUCCACAGUGCUGUGCAAAUACUACUCUCCUUGGUUGGCUUUGUGUAUGCCUGUUAUGUGAUCAGUAUGUUCAUGGAAGAAGAGGAUACCUUUGAUUUCAUAGGUGGACUUGAUGCACACUCCUAUUACCAGGAUCAUAUUGAGUUAAAGCCUGUUAACCUGUCGAAAUAAGUAAUCACAUUGACUGUGAAAACUGGCUGCUGAACUGGACUUAGGAUUCAGAGCACCACUGACAGCCCCUCUUUGAAUCAACACGUCUCACCUUCUUCCAGAGGAUGGACCGUGUCUCCCCACUUUCCCAUGAAUCACCGAGUUCUUCAGUCAUGUAGCACUACCAUUGUUCACUAGAUAAGUUGUAGGUGUUUGACUAGGGUUUUUUUUUUUCUGGUUGUUUUAUUCAAAUGCAAAUACUUGUACAUUGUAGAUCUAUGAUUUUUAAUUGUUUGGCAAUGUUUAAUGUAGGGCAUGAGAAAAUGAAAAAGCAAUUCUGUGAAAACCUUCUACAACCAAGUCCAAGAGAAAUAUUGAUGUACACUGUUGAGGUGUUAAGUCAAAAUUGCUGAUGGAGUUCAAGUUAGCCAUUAUUACCUGUAGUUACUAGAUAUAGAAUCAAAUGCUGUGAAAGCUUAUAUAAGUGGGUACGAAUAAUGGGUAUACUUUCAGGCUGAGUAUGUAGAUUGUUUUCUCGAGACCACAAGAGAACUUAUGCAGUCUCCCUUCUCAGCUGUCUAAAACCCAGAAUGAUAUUAUGGCAAACUAAAUUUCCAGAUUCACAUGAGAAAUCUUGGCCUUUCUAUCUUCUGAAAAAUAUAUCUAAUGAGUACGUAGGACAUGCCUUUUCCCUGUUGGAAGAAAUAUAAGUGUCUUUGAGGUUCUUAUUUCCUAUUCCUUUCUCCCUGUUCUAAGAGUGGUGUCACACCUAAACAUAGAGCUUAUGGUCUUCUGCCAUAAUGUACAACUAAGAAUUCUGCUCUUGGGAUACCCAAAAAGAACAUGGGUAUGGUGUAUGGGUGGAAUUCUUUACAAAAACCUCUCAAGAAUGUAUUUAUAUUUGUUCUGCAUUGACUUUUGUUUCUCCUACCCCAACCCCAAUAACCAAGAAAAAAGUAAUAUGGUAAAUGUACCUUUCCAUGGAAAAAUGAAUUGUUUUGGAAACUGAACACAACUUUUGCCAUUUGUACCUUUCAACUGUUAUCUUCCAUAUGAAUGUAAGUCUUGCUCACUUUUUAUAAUAACCACCGGUCUUUUCCUCUUCUACAAAACAGCUAUAAUCUCUACUUCCCAUGAGUAAGGGCAGGACUAGAUGAAAAAAUUCAAACUAUUCUGUAAACUGAAUCACUCCCUAACAAAAAGAAGCAGAUGUUACUGUGACAUCAGAGCACUAAUGUGGAGCCUUUCUUGGGCUCUUCCUACACACAUGUCAAGUCCUAUGCAAAAUUCAUGGAGAUAUACUAAAUUUCCAGAAAAUCAAAUGCUGAGGCUAAAGCAAGUAUAAAUAAUUCAAAUUAAAACUUCUUUCCAUAAUUAAAAAUAUCUCACAUUAAAAUUCCAAGCCUAACACAUAUGGGGAAAACUAACCGAAUAUUUUAAAAAACAUAGAAAAUAAAUAACACCAUAUUAAAAAACACCUAAACUUUUGCUUCACUUUUCUCCAACACAUGCGCAAACAAAACACUGGUAACAUUUCACUUCACAAAAUAGCACCUACUGACUUUUGUUGCCAUUUCAUCUUCAUGUAAAAUUCUACAUACGUCUAAGAUACAAAGCAGAGUCCUACAACUUGUCUAAAUUCCAGAUAACAUGUUAGAGGAAUCAGGACUUACCUCAGUAACUUCUCAUGAGUACUCAAUAGAGAUAACUACUCAAGAAAGUACAUAGAUUUUUACUACUUUCUUCACAUAGAUAAUUGAGUGUAACAGUUUCACUCUCUAAUACCAGCAAUCUAAAAAAAAUUUCUGAAUUGGAGGAAAAUUGUGACUCAUCAGAAAAAUUCUGAUGAAUCUCCCACCUCCUGCCUGUCCCCCCCUGUCUUCUCCCUGUGUCUCCUUUCUUGGUGACAACAACAAAAAUAAUUCAGUAUUUCCAGUUCUUACAGCUUUUGCCUCCUGCUUUAUGGGAUCUAUUAUGCACUGAGCACUAUGUAGGGAGGUUUUCAAGAAAGACAUGUUCCCUAUAUUAAUAUUUUUGCCAAAUCUUGCUCCUCUAUAUUCAGGGUUGUGUCUGAUCAGAGUAACAAAAAAUGAACCUGCCUCUCUGACUGUACUUGUUUGCUAGAAACACGUCCUCCUAAGAACGGCAUAAAUACAGGUUCAAGGGUUGUAACCUGAAAUGGUUCUGCAAAAGCUGAAGACAGAAUACUCACCCAUUAGAGUUGCAAGCCCCCCUGUUGCUGACUAAAGUGGAUAAGGGGAAGUGAAAGCCAACUUUUUCCCCCUCUCUGAGUUACCUUGGAACUCUCAUAAACUUUGGCCAACUCUGUACAAGGCCAUGUGUUCUAUUUUGCAUCAACAACUUCAACUUUCCUAAGUGUCUGCUGCUAACAUUCUAUGCAGCCACAUGAAACUACAGUGUUUUCCCAAUGGGAUGCUAUUUAUUUUAGAUUUCAGUAAUGUUUCAAAGCUAACAAAAGUUAAGUGGGGGUUAGACAAUUUCAAGGCCCAUAAUAUGUGUUGUGGUAUAGAACACAUUCUUUGUUUUUAUCUUUUUAUUGAGGGAGCUAAUGCUUUAUAGUACAGUCCUUGACAUAUGAGUAUAAUUCCAUUAUGCACGAGGACCGCAAAGUUCUCUUCUGCCCCAUCCUGCCUUUUCUUCCCCAGAAUCCUUUGCUUUGAUGAAAUACACUAUGUGCAGUCCGUGUUUCAUUGUGUGUCCCUUUUCCCUGUUUCUAUUUAUUAAGCCCCAUUUAUAAGUCAGAUCAUUUGAUAUUUUCCCUUCUCCUUUUGGCUUACCUCACUUAACAUCUUCAGGUUUCGUCCAAGAUGGUGCAGAGGAGAUGAUUUUAUCAUUUUUAAUGGCUAAGUAGUAUUCCAUCAUGUAAGCAUACCACAAUUUUUAAACACUCAUCUGCCAUUGGACCCUCUGGGUUGCUUCCAGGCUUUGGCUGCUACAAAUUGUGCUACAAUGAGCAUAGGUGUACGUGAAUCUCUUCAUAUAGGUGCUUUUGGUUCCUUUGGGUUAAUCCCCAAAACAAAAAUUGCUGGAUCACAGGGUACAUCCAUUUCUUGUAUUCUCAGAAAUUUCCAGACUGUAACAGUCUAUUUUCAAACACCUCUUUGGAAAAAAGCCGUAAGCUAAAAUCUGAGCAACUCAACUUCCUUUAAAUAUGAGAUAACUCAAGUUCGCAUUCCUAAAAUGAAAAUGUAUGUCCACACUAUUUCAAAUCUGAGAGGCUGUUGGCAUAGUUGUUUUGAAUAUAACAUAACAUCUUGCACUGGCAAAAUAUUUACUUUUUUCUUCCUAAGGAAAAAAAAAAUAAGUCCUAUUUCCUACAGACCUAAAUAAGGGAGGCAGCCUGCUUCAAGAGACUAGAUCUAACAAGAUAUACCAAGGCUGCCAUCUGUCUGGCUUAAUGAAUGGGAUGCUCCUGAUUGAGAAGAAUUUGUCUUCAUUAGAAUGAGCUGGAGUGUAAGUUGCAAAUCUGAGGAAAAGCAUCAUGACUCUGCUAAAUGUUGAAACAUAUAAAAACCAAAAUUGCUCUUUUCAAUCUUUGCAAAUUAGAUAGGAAUCUUGCCAAGAAUAAACAGAUCUUUUUUUUUCUACCUAAUUAGAAAAUUUAUAGUAUCUCAAAAUGUGAACUCAAAAGAGAGGCAAUAUUCUGAGUAAUUAUUUCUGAAAGCAAAUAUCCACUUAGCAUCUCAGAGUUACUUUAGUUUAUAACUGGGAGGACUUUCACAGUUGACUAGAAUUCAAAUGUUUUGAUGGCAGCUUAGCCCCUGGUAGCUGCUGCUGCUUCUUUGAAAAGGAUAACUGAAGAGGAAAACAUACUAAUAUUUGACGUAUUCAAACUCAGAAACCUUGAUUGUUGGUUUUUCUUCUUUC